AACACACAUGCUGACUAAUAUUUUCAAUAUUCUACAAAUAUUGACUGUGUUGAAUGGAAGGGGUUUUUUUUUAACCAGAGUGCCCAACAUGCAACCCUAAUCACAGAAAAUGUCAGGGAUAAUGUGAUAAUUUGUCUUAAACUCCUUAUACCGCCAGGAUCUCUCUCAUUUCGUCCCAACUAACCAUGCUUUUAUUUUGUACAGAAACUUCCGCCGGAAACAGUCAGACUUUUGUUUUGGAAAGCCGCUACCCAGCGGUCGCCAUUAUUCUCCCUGGCUUGACGGAGGCAAUAAGACGGUUUUUAUACUUUAAAUCUGAUAUUUUGGUGUAAAAACUGCAGCGUGUGUUUGUGCAGCUGACCGUGGGACUCAUGAAAUAGCUGCACGCGCUGAGCUCAGGAUGGAAAAACGUUCUUCGGGUAAGUUGCUGAGCUAGCGUUAGCAUGCUAGCUGUAUCUGCUGUGAAUGGAGUCAGAAUGAGAGGCAAUGUGAGCCAUCUGUUGCAGCAGACCGACUGUUUCCUCACAAUCACGGGUGAACACGCGAGGAGUUAUGUGGUUUGAGCGAUUUUGGCAGUAUUCGGCGGUUGGCUGAUAGACAACCGCAAGCAGGGACUGAACAAGCUCCCUGAUUAUAAAAGAAUCCAUCCUUCCCUCCGGAUGUCCUGGUGGGCCGCUACUUACUAUCAACUUUUAUUAUCCCAGCAGUCACUCUAGACCGACCACACGCUUCACUAAAGUUUUAAUCUAACCCAGUUGCCGUUUGGCGCUCAUUCUCUUCACGGCUGCUCGUGCACACGGUUUGAACUCCUCUGCAGCUCAUGAUCACAGCGGGUUGUUCUGAGCUCUGCAGCGCCCCCACAGCUGAUCCACACCACGGCUUCAAAGUAGAGGGUGCACUGUAGAGUAGUCUGGAUCAGAGUCUAGACAUCUGCGAGCAAAUCUGCACACAACAUAAAUCAGAGCGCAUAUAGACGCAAAUUUAAGGUAGUGAAGUGAGUACAUAACAUUGUUUUUUUUAAGCAGCAGCUGUAGAACAAUCUAAUAUGAAACUGCAGUUUCCUUAUUACUUCUGUAUCUUUUCAUAUCAUACUUCAGGUGGUACUGUUCUUACUCCUAAUAUGGGUGCAGACAUAUUUGCCAAAGUUUUGGACCAGAAAUGUAACAAUUUAAAGGGAUAUUCCGGCGUAACAUUAAGUUAGGGUCAAACACACCGCAACACCGAGUUAGACACCCCGUCAAGAGAUGAAUGUUGCCGACCGCCUGCUUCUCUAGUUAUACUAACUUUAGUAACGACCGCACAAUAGCAAUACAAAGAGCCACACACUCAAACAAAAAGCCACUCUAUAGGCACAAAUAAUGCUCAGAACAGCACCUAACUUCAUCAACAGUAAAUAUAGGGUCCCAGCCAUAGCACUAACCACCAAACAUCUUUUUAACUUUGCCUGAUUUCUUUGGCAAAGAGACUAAACACAACUCACCUAUUCUCUUCCAGCAGCCGCUUGUUUGUACAGAGACCUCCGGGCGAGUCCAUCUACUGCAGCGGGGUGACGCAGCUCAAGGAAGAACAUUUAUGAUCAUUACUUCAUCAUUUCCUUGAAGUAAUAAUCAUCAUAUUAAUCAUUUUGCACUGCAGACGCGGUAGUUCUUCUGCCUUAGCGUCUCAGUCUGAUUGCAUUUCCAUGAAGAAAUGAUCAUAAAUGUUCUUCCUUGAGCUGCGUCACCCCGUGGCUAGCACUGUGGCUAGGACCCUAUAUGUACUGUUGAUGAAGUUAGGUGCUGUUCUGAGCAUUACUUGUGGUAUUUUGGUUAAGGUUUGUUUAUGGCUCCUCAGACCGCUGUGUAUUGCUAUCGUGCGGUCAUUACUCAAGUUGGUAUAACUAGAGAAACAAGCAAUCGGCAACAUUCAUCUCUCGACGGGGUGUCUAACUCGGUGUUACAGUGUGUUUGACCCUAAAUUAAUUUUACGCCGGAAUAUCUCUUUAAGAUGGGACGGUUCUUACUACUAAUUUGGGUGCAGACACAUUUCCACAGUGAAUAGAAUAAUAUUAAAGAAUGGGUUUUUCUGCACAGGUGCUGGAGGUGCCAUCCCCCUGGCCUCCCUUCGCUUGAUGGCCUCCCCUCUGCAGCUGACUUACUCAUUCAUGUGGCAGGUCAUACGGCAGAGGAAGGUGAAGCUGUAUGGGAAAGUGGAGGAGUUUGUGACUAUGGUAACACAGACUGUCCCUGAGCUUAUGAACUUCAAGCAGACUGCCCAGCUCCUCCUGGGAUUGAGAGCAAGGGUGAGAUUUCAUCAUCAUCAACUCUGCUUCAUCAAACGUUAGAAUUUAUAACUCUAAAGUGAAGGCUCAGUUUCUUGUUCAAAGUCUGAUGAACACUUUUCUGUCUGUUAUUUCGAAACCCUUUCCAGACAGUUGAAUUUUUUACAUACCUCUGUCACAUGGAGCCUGUGAUGCGUGCCCUCUGGGUUUUUUAAAUUGCUUUUAUUCAAUUAGUUAUAUGUCUUUGUUCCUCAGGGUUGUUGAGCAUCAAAGUGGGGAUCAAACCUAAUGUUUAUUAACUCCAUAUGUUUCCUUAUACUGACUUUUGAAGUUAAAGCUAGUUUUUAUUGUCACACCAGAUAUUCUGGAAAGAAAAAUGAAAGCCUCUAUUUUCAAAAGUGUAACCAGGAUGUCAUUUUUCGCCUCAGAUCAUUUUGGAUUUGCUCCACAAAGAAGGUCAACCAGAUUCCAAGGCUAUCCAGACCCUUAUAAAUAAGUUGAAGGUGUCAGCAACCCUAGGGGUAAGGCUAGGUUUUUUUUUCUCUUCCAUUUUAAACACAGUUGUGCCAGCUUACAACACGGCUUUGGAUGGCUUCAGAAUUCCAUUUCAUAGUUUACUGAAGUUGUUGUUUUUCCUUUGUUGCAGAAAGACUCUGAAGUUGAAAAAUCUCAAACCAACUUUAUGGUGCUGGUCCAGAAUUUGCUUAAAAGUGCUGCUGAGAGGAAGAGAUUUUUCCAGGUAUCCACAUUUGCCUAAACAUGCCUUAAGACAACAGUGGGUGGGCAUCCCUCAAAGCAAAGUCUCCUGAUAAAGAUUUUAUUCAGGGACUUUGUCGCUGUACUGGAUCAUGACAUUUGCUCAAUAGAAUCAACAACUGUGCUUAUUUCUGUAUUGACCACCAGAUAUAGAGAUGACAUGUAGAUGUACAUACCAUUACUAAUUCAGAUGCAUUAGACACAUUGCAUUGGGUCAAUCAAGUGCAUUGGAAUCAAAAUGUCUCUCUCAGACAUGACAACUUGAAAGUCGCAUUGUCAUAACUCUUAUUUCCCCUCUUGUAGGAAGUUUUUCCAGUUCACUACGGCCCAAAGUUUGAUACAGCGCUGCAGGCCCUGACUGCAGGCCUGGUGUGCAAGCUGGAACAACUUCUCCCUGUUCCCAACCUGACCCAGGUAUGCAUACGAUCGCAUUUUGGCUUUUACUUAAUGAGCAGUCACAGCAGGUUAGACCUCUGGGUGGAGAUAUCCAGUGCUCUUAACCCAGCCGACCCUGCUCCAGGGGUAAAAUGUACAAGCCAGACACAACCUUUAUUUAUCGUUAUGAGGAGUCUUUUCUGGAGCUAAUGAUCAACACACAAAAGUUUCUAUGCAUAUGUUUAAGGCUGUGAUGAAUGUCUUUACACAAACAAGUAUUCCUUUAUCAAGCAUCUCUUUGGGAUCUAUUAGGAUUUUGUCUGAUCAUGCUACUUGUAUUUUCAAUAAACCACCUCCUUUCAAGAUAGAUUAAAUCAUGUUUCAAACUAUGAGUUUAAAUAAAAUCUUAACGGCAAACUCACCAACAUCUUGUUUGUGCCCUAGCUUGGUGCCAUGAUCUCAUCAGAGCCAGCUGUCUUGGAGGCGUGUGGAGGUUUCAUACCCACCCAUGGAGACCUGAAGACUCUCCUCUUGCACCAGCAGGCCAAAGGACUCCUUGGUGUCAAAGGUACAUAUGUUGUUUUUUAAACAUAUACCUAAACAGAAAAAAGAAAGUGUCAAAAGAAGUACUUUUAAAAUUUAAUUGGCAAAGCUUUUUCUCUUUGUGCAGCCACUAUUUCGUCCUCUGUGGGCGACUGUGUGCUUACUUCACUGGCCUUCAGGCCCAAACCAGUGGACCCACCACCACCACCUCCACCUCCUCCACUACCUCAAGAAUCACCAAAGCAAUCACAAGUCACCCUUAACCAAACAAGCCCAGCCUCUUACAGUGACACUGAAGACUUGGGAGUGAUGUCAGAUGACUCGGACAGCCCAGUAAUCCAUGCCACUGGACCACAGAGCGAAGAGCAUGAUGGUGAAAAAAGCGUAGGUGUCAGUCCCUCAAAGGAAAAGAGUGUAGACACAACACCUCAGAGUGACAAUUCACUGCAAGAGAAGAGCUCCACCCAGGAGCAGCCUGACUCAACUCAGAAAAGCAGCGAUGGUAGAACACCUGAUAAACCUGAAGCCCAACGUGUUCCAGAUUUGAAAUCGAUCCCUUUUCGGGUCGCCAAAGUACCGAUCAAAACUAUUCCAGCACAAAAACAGUCAGAUGGCCAAAAGCCUCAGACUCAACGAGUCACACUGCAUCAGUGGGUGUCUCAGAUCGCCACUAACUCGCUCUCCCUCCCUGCCCUGCCUCCACUCCCCCCACCUAGAUUUGACCUAAUUGAUGACACGAAGCCAAGCAUAAGAAGGAAGAAACAAAUCAGGCCUCCAUCUGACAGAUUCACCUGCAGCGUAUGCGAUAAGAGUUUCCCGUAUCAGUCCAAGCUAAUGGACCACGAGAGAAUCCACACAGGAGAGAAGCCGUUUGUUUGCACAGCAUGCAACAAGAGCUUCAGAACCCAGGCCUUCCUUAACAACCACCUGAAGACACACAGCACAGUGCGUCCGUAUGCAUGCGGCCAGUGCGGCAAGUGUUUCACCAAACUACAGAGCUUGACGAAGCACAUGCUGGCCCAUAGCGGCCAAAAGCCCUUCUACUGCGACAUCUGCAAUAAGGGCUUCACCCAAUCCACCUACUUCAAACGACACAUGGAGUGCCACACAAGCCAGAUGACGUUCCCAUGCAAGCACUGCAACAAAAGCUUCCCGACAGCUUUCAAGCUUUCCAACCACGAGCGCUGGCACACAAGAGAUCGCCCGCACAUGUGUGAGCGCUGCGGAAAGAGAUUCCUCGUCCCCAGCCUGUUGAAGCGACACAUGGGCUACCACAUAGGUGACCGACAGUAUCUCUGCUCCCAGUGCGGGAAGACCUUUGUCUACUUGUCUGACCUUAAGAGGCACCAGCAGGAUCACGUACCUAAAGCUAAGAUCCCCUGCCCGGUUUGCCAGAAGAAAUUCUCCAGCAAGUACUGCCUGAGGGUCCACUUGAGGAUCCACACCAGAGAGCGACCGUACCGCUGCUCUAUCUGCGAGAAGACCUUCACUCAGGUAGGAAACCUGAAGGUCCACAUCAGGUUACACACAAACGAGCGCCCGUACAGCUGCGAUGUGUGUGGGAAGACCUACAAGUUGGCGUCCCAUCUCAACGUCCACAAAAGGACUCACACUUGCAAAAAGCCCUGGACCUGCGAGACCUGUGGAAAGGGCUUCUCUGUCCCUGGCCUUCUGAAGAAGCACGAGCAGCUGCACACGAGGGAUGCUGACCCCGACUUCUCUGGUAAACGGAGACACAGGGGUAAACACAAGAAGCACUCCCUCAAGAAGAAGUACGACGAGGAAGAUGAAGGCAGCGAUGAUUAUUGAUCAAAUAAAAAUACACUUCAUGUUAAAUAAGGACACUCUCUGUAGAUGUUUUAGAGCUAAUGCUAAUAACAGCUGAUUACUGUCAUUGAAACAGCUAGUUUAAAAAGCUACUGCAUAAAUUACCCCAUAAAGAACCAUGCUAUUUAUGCAUUUUCAAGUUGAAUGAUUCAUUCAAUAGGGUAAGGCCACUAGUAUAGUUUGGGAUGUUAAAGAUGACUUAAUGAUGUUGGGUAUUUGUACCUGAUAAUCAAAUUUCCAUUCUUUUUGAACUACGAAAAUAGCCAAUCAGGUUGGAGCAUCAUUGCCGAUAAUUGCUGGUGUUUAUUCUCAUCAGGGCUGUUUUCUUACAUCUUAAUAAUGAGACAUGGUUGGUUGAAGCAACUGAGUUACCUUAAGCCAUACUGAGAUAUACAGAGCAGUAACAAUGUUUUUGAUCGGUUUUAUUGUUUAAUGGUUUGAAAGUGCUUUUCAGUAUGCUGUCUGAACAUAGCAUAAACAUUUAAGAGAGUAGCAUCAUGUAUACAGUACAGUUAUCCAACCAUUUUAAAGCAUGUAACUGUAGAUAGCUUGUCUGCCAUGUAAAACAUUGUAGUGUCACAUGGAAGCAUUUGAUAUAUGUUACUGUAUCUUUGUGGACAUCAUUGUGAUCCAAAUUUCUUUCUCAUAAACACCUUUUCUAUGUAACCCUGAAUUAUGACCUUUUCAUUUCCUUUAGAUUAAAUACUAUCACUUUUUUUUUAUUCAUCUUAGUUUACUCUUUAGAGAAGUGGUAGAUGGUAUGAUUUAGUACAUAAAACAGGUCAUUUUAAUUCAGAGAGAACACGAAACAUUUUUUAAACAUAAUGCAGUUAUGUGGUGAAGUUUAACUUGACUUUUUUUGUGAGUAGCAAUGUCUUGUGUAUACAGUCAGACACAUUGCCAUUCUCACCCCUUUUUAUUGUUUUUGGAUGUUAUUGACAAUAAAUGCACAUAGAAAAAAACU